AACGCUUUCAGUCAAAAUUGAAUCUCUUGACCAGAUAUCUCACAAGUGGUCCUUACUUGACUUUGAACUUCAUCCCUGACUUGCUAUCAUCACUCUUGUUGACCGUUAGAUUUCUCCUUGUCCCCUCUCUCAAUGUCUCGACUUUCAUCAUCAUCAUCAACAUCAUCAUCAGGACUAUCACCACAUUCCUCACCUCAUAAACCUCACCAUGAAUCGACUCCCUUACUAUCACAAAGCAACCAUCCUAGCACAAUCUCCAAUACAAUCAAUCGUAUCAAACAACGUGAACCUCAUGCCUUUUGGCUAGUACCGAUUCUCUUACUUAUGGCCAUCUCACUCGGAAUGAAUACCGGUCCAAAGUUAGAGAUACAUACUCAACUUAUCUGUCGAUCAAUUUCGAUGAACAAACCAAACCACCUAGAAUUCGAAACUGAAAUUAAUUCAUCUGGAGCUUUCUUAACGAAUGCUCAUUCUGAUUGGGUAAAGAAAUGUAGAAAAGAUCCAUUGGUUAGUUCUAAAGUUAGUUUACUUUCGAGUACGAUUUCAUUGGUGAUGGGAUCACUUUCGGUUCUUACGACGGCUUUUUGGUGUUCGAUCUCUGAAAGGAUUGGUAGAAGAUUAAUUUUAAGUUUAGGAUUUUUUGGAUUUAUUUUAAAUGAUGCAAGUUUUUUAUUGAUCAUUAGUUUAAUGAGAUCUAAGAUUUUAAAAGAUUAUAAAUUAUUGAUUAUUCCUUCAAUCUUAGAAGGUCUCUUUGGAGGACCUGCAACGAUUCAAGCAAUCUUUAAUUCAUAUAUUUCGGAUUGUUUUUUACAAGAUCCUAGUUUAAAUUCUGAUUCGAAAACCAUUACUUUUUCUUUGUUUCUUGGUUUAAUGAUGGCUGGAAUGGCUAUUGGACCUACGAUUUCUUCAAAGAUUGUAGAUUUAAAAGAUGAUAUCUUAUUACCAUUUUAUAUUAUUUUAAUUCUUUUGAUCUUUGUUUUUGGAUUUAGUCUUUAUGUAAUACCUGAAAGUCUUUCUAAACUUAAACAAAUCGAAUUUAAAAAUCAACAUCAACUUGUUCUUAAUCAAUUAGAAAUCUCUUACAAUCAAUCAAUCAAUCAAAACAAUCUACAUCCAAAAAUUCAUUUUUAUCAUACUAGAUUAUCUUUUUAUCAAUUUAGAAAAUUAUAUCUUAAUUUUUUAAAACCUUUAUUAGUUUUAUGGCCUACUAAAUCGAUUGAUCAAAACGGUCAAAAUCCAAUUAGAGAUUGGAAACUAACUUUGAUUGGCAUGGCUUAUGCUUUAUAUGGUUCAGGUGCUGGAGCUUAUGGAAUUAAAUUACAAUACGCUAUUUUCAGAUUCCAAUGGGGUCCUAUCCAAACAGGUUAUUUCCUUACCACUUUAGGAAUUUGUCGUGUGAUGGCUUUAUUGGUUAUUAUACCUAUGGUGAUCCGAUUAUGGAAAAAAUCAACAACAGUCGUCAAUCUUGAAUCACCUUCAUCUAGACCAAUUGUAAUAAAUCCUUCGAAUAAGAAAUAUUCAUUAUUGUCUUCUAGUUCUAGAUUAGGUCAAAGUCAACUUCAACCUGAACCCAUCACGAUUUCGAUUCCUAAACUUAAUCCAUUACCUAACCAUCGUAAAACAUUAAAUGAUGCAAAAUUUGAUUUAAAGUUUGCAAGAUAUUCGAUCAUAUGGGAUGGAUUAUCAAUUAUCAUUUUGAUAAUCUCACCCUCAAUCUCAUGGUUCAUCAUUGGAUCUGGUAUGCAAUCCUUAUCAGGUUCAACAAGUUCUGCUCUUCAAGCUUUAGCACUGAACAGUGUAACUCAUGAAAAGAUUGGAAAAGUGAUUGCUUCAUUUUCCAUACUUCAAGUACUUAUGUCUCAAGUCUUAGGUCCGUUUUUGUUUGGUGGAGUGUUUUCUGGAACAGUAGGUAGAUUCUCAGAAAGCUUUUUAGUAGUUGAUCUUCUUUUGAUGGUAAUUGUUUUAGUUGUACUUUCAAUGCUCAGAUUAAGUUCUCAUCAUCAUCCAUCAAUUUCAAAUCAUCCAGACCUUUCUUCUUCGAUUUCUUCUGCUUCUUCUUCAUCUGAUGAUGAUGAUGAUGAUGAUGAAACUGAUGAAGUGAUUGUACAACCUUGUAACAUUUAAACCUUUGAUCUGCUUUCUUCAUGAAUUUCUUCUUUUGAAUUCUAAAGUGUAUGUCUCAUUAGUCUUUUUAUCAUCAAGCAUUUCCAUAUCUUUCUUAAUUAGUUUUAAUUUGUUUUUUUUCUUCAUCAGAUCUUCUUCUUCUUUACUCUCUUUAUCUUACAAUUUUGAUCUGUUGAGCUAGUAUGAUUCUUUGUCUCUCUUUUGCUUGCAAUAGAUUAUUAUUUAAUU